GAAAAGUUCAUUUGUUGUGCUGUGUCAUCAAUUAUCAUUGGGGAACCAUGUUAGUGUUACGGCGAAAGAAAGUACAAGCGGUGGCAGUACUGGCCUUGGCUAUUAUAGCCGUGGUCACCAUUGUAUGGCAAGCUCUCAAUUUCAACGAGUUUGAGGUAGAAAUCAAGUCCUCCCUCGUGGGGGAAAACUCCAAGAUCUCGAGCUUUUUCACUCCCAAAACCAAACCUUUCCUGGAAACAGAGGCUGGCAAGCAAGCCGAAAUCGACGCUAACAUCAAUAACUUUGACGCGUUGACCGAAGAACAUAAAUACCAAUUGGUCAACCAAUUGGCGGGUGCGCCCAGUACUAAGAACUUUCAGUUCUUGAGCAGCGUCUUCGAAAAGAUCUACAAGUUCAGGCCUGAAGUAGCCCAACUAACCACCUAUAAGAGUGAAGAAAGGAUAUAUCAUGCACGAUACAACUCCAAAGAUGAUGACAGUGAAGAUAAUCGCAUAGUGUUCAAUGAGGCAUACUUGUCUAGUUUUUUGCAAUUGAACAGCAUUGAGUUUGGUGCCAUGCAGAAAUCCCAUACCAAAGUCAUGGCGAGUCUUCCCACUGCCGACGAUGUUCCUAAAGGAAUGUAUGAGGGAGAUGGAAUAGUGUUUGUGGGAGGAGGAAGGUUCAAUCUUUUAACGCUAUUGUCGGUGAAGGCUAUAAGAGAUUUAGGUAGCAAAUUGCCGAUUGAAAUUUUGAUUCCUACGAUAGAAGAGUUUGAGUCCAACUUGUGUUUCAAGGUGUUACCUCAAUACAAUGCCAAGUGCAUUUUACUUCCUCAGGUGUUGAAGCAAAAUGGAUUAGACGAUAAUAUCUUCAAGAAAUUCGAGUUCAAAGGGUAUCAGUAUAAGGUAUUGGCCUUAUUGUUAUCAAGCUUCGAAAGAAUCUUGUUCUUGGAUAGUGAUAACACACCCACCAGAAACCCAGACAUACUCUUUAGUACCAAUCCGUUUGAAGAUCAUGGAUUGAUUGUGUGGCCAGACUUUUGGAAAAGGGCCACGUCCCCGUUAUACUAUAGCAUAGCUGGCAUCAAAAUGGACCAGAAGAAAUAUUUGCCCCGGUACAAUGAGCUCAUCAACGACUACGAAGACAUCGACUACUCCAAGUUUCCACCGAAAGAAGUGCCUUUCCACCAGUUCAAAGGAGCCAUACCUGAUCCUACCAGUGAAUCGGGCCAACUUAUGAUCAACAAAAAGACUCAUUUGAGCGUGUUGGUUUUGGCAUUAUACUACAACCUAUACGGACCCACCCACUACUACCCGUUGUUCUCUCAAGGAAGUGAUGGUGAAGGAGAUAAAGAGACAUUUUUGGCGGCAUGCGUUGCCUUGGGAUGCAAAUUCUAUCAAGUGAAAAAGUUCUUGAAGGCCAUGGGAUACUUCAACCAUGAGCUAUCAUUUGUGGGGACUGGAAUGGGCCAGUUCAAUCCUAUUAAUGACUACACAAACGAGGAACCGGAUUUACUCUUCAUUCACUCCAACUUCCCCAAAUUGAAUCCCUGGGAGUUGAAACAGCAAGGCAAGAUUUUGGACAACGGCAAAAGAAUACGACUUUAUGGGAAUGGGGUCAAGAAGGACAUUGGGUUUGACUUUGAAUUGCGUCAAUGGCAAAACAUGUACUAUUUCCUCUGUAAGAAAAACGUCAAAGUGAACAUUUUCAAUGACGUGGUCCACGAUGACUUGUGCAAGGAGAUCAGCCAGCAUCUACUGUUCUUGAAGUCCACCUCACGGUUGACCGAUGACGCCUUUUAAAUCUACCAUGUAAACUAAUAGCAUCUAUAGACAUUGCAACUCAUAAAUGCCCCAUUUUUCGCGA